AUGACGGACGGUGCCACGAUGGCCUCCUCUGACGAUGACAGUCGCUGUGCUCUCGGCACAAAUCCACACAGACUUCCUUGUCUCUCUGUGGGAGUGAUUGCGGCAGGGCAUUGCUGCGAGCGUGAUGGGGACCACGACGGCGUCACCCUCGAGAAGGUGCCACGCUCUGUUGGUUGUGGAGCGGCGAGGCGGUUUGCCUGCAGCCCGACUGACAGAACCGCAUGGUCGUUUCAUUGCGGUCACUCCGUCGGCGUCACCCGCUGCGGUGGUGUCCGUAAGAGCCGCAGCCCCGAUGAGGAUGGCCUUGUGGUUAUCUGGCAGCUCAGAACUUCAGGCCCUUCGCCCCUCAGGAUUGCCCCUGCUGCUCGACUGGCGCAGCACCAUCCCGGCAUGGUUCUUCUGCAGGAGUGCAGGCACGAGAGUGCCCCAGCGACGAGGCUCACUGGCUGCGGUGACUUCCACCAGGCCUGCAGUGGGCGUGCCAGUGGCGUGGCCUUCUUGGUGCGCCACACCUUGCCGUGCGAGCACCUGUAG